CUGUUUUAUGUUUUGACACAUUCACCAUUCAAAACUAAUUUUCUUCAAUACCCUUUCUGAAUGGUAAAACUGAGACUUUCCUGAACAAAAGUGAAAUGGUAGAGCCCGAGGGUAGUUUGUGGGGCUACCUGCCCUAUCCGGCCCUACAAAACAUCUUCCACCAUUUAAAUUAUAAGGAGCUGAUCAGCGCUGGAAUGGUUUGUAAAUUAUGGUACCAAGCCAGCAGAAACGAUCUACUGUGGAGGGAUUUGUUCUAUGAUAAUUUUUUAGUGGAUAAGUCAGUUCCCGUAGUAUCCGGUAAAACUUGGUAUGAGGAAUUUAAAAGACUCUCUUAUAAGAUCCCUAUUGUCCAGACAGAGACCCUAGACGAGCACGCCAAUCAGGUGUUGCACGUUAGUUUUUCACACAAUGGACGUUAUUUUGCCACUUGCUCUAAAGAUGGUUAUGUUACCGUAUGGAACGCAAACUAUCCAGCUACAGUGAAAUAUAGCAAAAACAUGAAACAUUUUAAAUGGAAAUACACUCAGUACUCCCAGUUUAAUGAGAGUGAUACAUUAUUGUUGGUUUCUGGAGUACAUUUUGGGACUACUCAUAGCACUUCUGGAGAAAUUGCUGUUUUUAAUUUAGAUGGUUUCGAACUGCAAUGCAGAGUAGUAAACAAACCUUAUGAUAUAUUUGGUACAUGGUACAGUGACCAAUACCUUUUAUCAGGGGAUUUACAUUGGCUCGCCCAUCUGGUGAGCAGCUCCCACUUGUGGCUGAACCGAGCCACCCAGGAGGCAGAUUCUGAACUGGUUCCGAUAACACACUAUUUAUUCCGUUUCUAUAAUAGAAACGCCAGCUCCCUCAGAGCUAUAAUGAUAGCGAACUGUUUACCGAACUCUGAAAAUGUCAGUUUGGAAGAGACCGAGUACUCGGGAGUGCCUGUUGAUCAGGGAGUGAUUUUCGAGCAUGGUAAUCCGGUUAGUCAUAGGGAUAUGGGCAACAGCAUGCCCAGUACCAGUAAGGUUCUCGAUGAGAUUCCCACGUUGAAUCCGCUCAGGGUUAGUGACGAUUUUGCCAAUUUAAUUUGGUACAAUUCGGACUAUAGGAAGGUGGAGGCGGAGCGGAACGAAGGGGCUGGAGACGACAGCGAUUAUGAGAUGGAUCAGGACGAGAAUAAGGAUGAGGGAUUCGAUGAUGACGAUCAUUCGACUUCCAGUGAUGAAACUGACGCUAUGAAUGAUAAAUAUUUGAUAUUUACUACUGGGAAUAAGACUUAUACGCCUCAUCAGAUUGGUUUCAAACGGAUAAAACCCUUCGUUUUCCCGAAAAAAAUGGACCUCGGACCCUCGCUGAAGGAACGUCUGAUCCUUCAAGAGCAAAGAAAGGAGCAAAAACGUUCGGCCAGUCCUUCGCAAGACCCGGACUGGUUGGAUUUCGAUAAAGUGGCGGACAAGUUCGAUAAAGUCGAUCAUCUGAUCGAUCUGCACGGCCAUAUCGUCGGAAUGGGACUCAGUCCGGACCAUAGAUAUUUGUAUGUGAACAGUCGUUCUUGGCCAGAGAACUACGUCAUAACGAACCCGUUAGAUCCGCCCCCUAUAGCGCAAGAAAUCGACAUCCACGUCAUCGAUUUGGUGACCCUGAAGCAGGUGGGGACGAUGCUUAGGGCCCAUAAGGCCUACACCCCGAAUCACGAGUGUUUUUUUAUAUUUUUGGAUGUUUGCAACGAGUAUGUUGCCAGUGGUGCGGAGGAUCAUCACGGUUACAUGUGGGACAGGCAUUACGGGAUCUGUCUGGCCAAAUAUCCGCACUUGGACGUGGUCAAUUCGGUGGCGUUCAAUCCGAAAGAUCCCGAGAUGUUGGUCACGACCUCUGACGAUUUUAAAAUUAAAAUUUGGAGGUCCAGGUCGAAGGUGAAAGAACUGGGAUUGGACGUGCGGGAUUUUCCUAGGGGGAUCGAGCUUAGGAAGACGGCCAAGACUAAAGGUAAUACUAGUAAGGACAAAAGUAACGCCUACUCACCCCACAGGUCUAGAUAAUAAACUAAUUAUUUAAAAAGAAAAAAAAAUAGUUCGUUUUUGUUGUAAAUAAAAUUAAAUUAUUACUAUGUACCAUUAAAUUUUGCUUGUGGUAAGAUGCGCUUUUUGUUCUGAGGAUAAGUAUUAAAUUUGUAACAUACAUGAUUUAGCAUCCCAUAAUAAACUGAUGUAGGUAAUAAGGUUUAUAUGUCAUCGCAUUAUAACUCAUAUAUAUCUCUCUCUCUCUCUCUUAUCUAUAGUGAAAGGUGCUUAUUUGGAAAAUUUGUAUUUUAGUAACGUUGAACCUAAAGCCAUUUUUUAUAAUAGGAAUGAGGGUGUUACAGAAUUGUUGGUCCACGUGAAAAUCCGACUUUCAUAAGCAAAAAAGUGCAGUUUUAUUUAAUAUUUGUAAUUUUUUUUUCAAGUGAUGGUAAUUGGGUAAAAUCCUUUUUUCCUCUUCUACAUUGCUAUUGACAUAAGUCUGUCACAAGGUAAAUGGUACUACUUCUAUGCCAAUGCUUUCUGUAACUACAUAGUCUUAUUUCAUUUAAAAUGCGACGUUUUGGCUUUAAGUGGUCAUCAUCCAUUUAAUUUUUUCACUUUUUCUUCUGAUUCGGCUGUAAGUUGAAAACCACUGAAAGCUGUAACGUCGGAUUGUAAAUAAACGAUUUAUUUUUGUUUUCUUAAACAAUUUAUGCAUAAUUUUGUUAAAUGUGUAUAAAAUCAUUCUAGAUUUACCUACAGGAAUUUCUGAUUCGGAUUUUUCUGUUUCACCACCAAUUUGUGACACCUUGUACAGGGAUGUGAUCAGUUAUAAGGCAUAACUCACUAUGUAUAUUAUAUUUAUUUUUGUUUGUUAAAAUAUAAUAGGAACUAACACGUUAUAAUUUGCAAGCGAUUUGUAGUUUUUCUUUUUUGUGAAAUAAAUUACUGUGAUCUUA